UAUUUGCAAUUGUAUAAUUUAUCUCUGAUUCAGCUAGCAUUUUGUAUAUACUCUCAUAAAGAAACCUUCACUGUAUUACAUCACUCAUUUACUAACUUUUCUCAUUCUCUAAUUAUCUUCUUCAUUAUCAUUAUUAUUAAAUGUUAUUAUCUUCUUCAAGAUUUCUGCUUCUUCUUCUAUUCAACAUCUUUUAUCUAUUUAUCUAUCACAUUGUACAUGUUUCUGGCAAUGAUUCUCUGUUCUCAUAACAAGUGUCAUCAUAGUACUCAUAUCAGGCAGUUUAUUAGCA